AUGGCAUACACCAGACCCGAAACUUUUACAUUACCGGAGGACGAACGGAUGUUCUUGAGUCAACCAAGUCCACUUUCUCGUCCCCACGACUCGUUCUCCAAGGGCCCGGACCCAUUGACGGCCAACUGGAACUACGAUAGCGCUAUUGAUCUGUUCUCCUUAAACACCAUGAUUCCCGAGACUUUCCCUCUGGAGAUGUCCAAUGACAUGAUGACUCUGGAUCCCAAGGACUUUCCCACCGACUUCUUCGCUCCGCCUCCCGACAUCAGUGGCUUCACUAUCUCCAACCACUCUGGCGAAGAUGCUGCCUCCUGCGGCUCUCUUUCUUCGGACCUCGAAAGUGAUGAUCAGUCGUGGUCUCCCACCUGCCGUGUCUCUCCUUUGGACUCAAUGACCAUGGAGUUGCCCAAGCCUGCAUCGAGAUCUGUGAAGAGUGCCAGUCGCCGCAAGACUGCAACUGCAACCCAGCAACAGAAGGCCCGUGACGAAUUGGUGACGAGAUGGUCGUCUAGUCCAGAAAUUACACCGCAGGACUACCCCGCUGCCAGCGUAUCUCCUCUCCCCGCCCCCUCAUCCCCGAUCACCACCACCCGCAAAACGACACGCAGCAUGUCUGGGGACUCCAAUGCCAGCACAGGCCAGGCCAACACGGCCACGGGCCGCAACGCCGCCAAGCGGGCCGCACACAACAUCAUUGAGAAGCGGUACCGCACCAACAUGAACGCCAAGUUCGUUGCCCUGGAGAAGGCCAUGAGCGGGGGCAUCCAGAAGCCGACCAAGGGUGGAUCAGCGUCGCUGAAGAAGUCCGAGAUUCUCACCAAUGCGAUUGCCUUCAUGCAAGAACUGCAGGAGGAGAACAAGGCCCUCCAGAAGGAGUUGGCCAUGAUGAAACAGAACGUGGUCCCUAAUGGGAUGUGGCGACACAACAAGGGGGCCGAAGCCUUUCACGCUUAA